GCAAGAUAUAUUUUAUCAAAAUGGCAGACAGAGGAGAGAAGACUUCUGAGAAAGGAUUUUUAGCUCGCACAGCUAGUAUUACAUCAAAAAGAGCCAAACGUGCAGGAGAGAAGGUCAAGCAGAAACUAGGCAAAGCAAACGAGACGAAAGAUGUGACCUUCGAUGAAUUCGUAACCAACUUCAACAAACAACAGGCUGCAGCCCAGAGACUCCAGAAAGAUUUCAAAAAUUAUAAUGCUUGCAUUAAAGCAAUGAUAGCAGCAAGUUUAGAGUUUGGUGAAGCCAUUAAAGAAGUAUACGAGCCAGACUGGGCCAGUAGAGAUGUGGUAUUUAAGCUACUCGAUAUGCUACACAUGCAUUGGACAGAACUACAAGAAAAGCUGCAGGAUGAAGUACUGGGUCCUUUAACAGCAUAUCAAAGUCAGUUUCCAGAUAUUAAGGCAAGAAUAAACAAGCAUGGUAGAAAGCUGGUUGAUUAUGACCGUCUAAGACAUAACUUCGAGGCACUCAACUCCAGAGGGAGAAAUGCAGAUCAGAAAAAAUUAACACAGUCUCAAGAAGAAUUCAGUGAAGCUAAAUCAGUGUAUACCAAACUGCAUGCUGAACUGUACGAAGAACUCCCAGCUCUAUACGACAGUCGGAUUGCAUUUUAUGUGUCGUCAUUCCAAAGCAUUUUCAAUGCAGAGGCAUUGUUUCACAGAGAAGCUGCUAAGAUCAAGACGCAGAUGAACGAUCUUCUUGAUGGUCUUGUUGUUGAGGCAUCAUCAGGGACUCACACUACUAGAAGACCUUUUCAACUUUCAAGUGCUAACCCAGUCUCUGACAGUGAUGAUGCUGAGCAGCUAUCCAACUCAGGUCAAUUAGAACCUAACCAAGAAAAUGUGGUCACAUCUAAUGAAAACCAGAUGAAACAAGAGGAGUCUGAAGUUGAUAAUGAUGAUCAGAACCAAACAAAUGCUGAAGCUGAUAAUGAAACACCCAAUCCUAUCCACCAACCAGAUGCUGACAAUUCUCCUGCUAAAGACCAUGAAGAGAAUGACCAGGAAGCCAAACAACCAUCGCCUACCAUGCCAGUACCAUAUGUCAAGGGAGAAGGGAAACAUGAACCUGUUGCAUCACCAUCUCCCACGCCACCAUCUGCAAUAUCUACAUCAAUUCAAGAAUCGACAUCACCACAAGCACCAGAUGAACCACCAGCCGGUCUUGAUAUUCCUUUUCUAUACCGGGUUCGUGCUACUCACAAGUAUGUAGCCGAAGAUGACGACGAGUUAUCGUUCGAGAAGGGCGAAAUCAUUUACGUCCUUGAAUUCGAUGAUCCCGAUGAACAGGAUGAAGGAUGGCUGUUGGGCAUUAUGGAAACGUCAGGACUAAAGGGUGUCUUCCCGGCCAAUUUCACUCAAAUAAUUAAAACUUGACACGCGUCACGCGACAACUCCCAGUAUUAGGUGUGUGUAUGUAUCUUUUUUAUUAUUUUACAAUCUUCAAAACAAUAUACAGCGCUCUCGGGACUUCAAAGGCUUUUACUUGACUGUUCUAAAUAACACAGGCCACUAGCCAUUACAGAGGUUGAGGAAAAGACUGGGCCGAGUUGGCAUUGCAGUGAAUUGUGGGACGGUUUAGGGUUAAAAAAUUAACGCCUUGUUUGAAGUGUGCCCAAAACAGGCCCACAAUGCACUGCAAUGCCACCUCGAUCCAGUCUUUUCCUCAACCUCGGAAUGGCUAUUAGUUUGAAGUAAUUCAGUCUCCGACCGAUUUUUAUUUUUAGUCAGGCCAUUCUAAACAGCUCCUUUCAUGUAAUCUCUUAAAACAGCGGUUAUCAGAACACACGACACACAGAUCCUUGAAGGUUUUCCUGUCUUCCACACGUUGUAAUCUAUAUUUGGUUGUUUUGGACCAAAUGCUAGCAGCUCUAGUUGAAGAGCAGCGGAAUAAUUCCUUUUCACUUUGACAAAUACCGCUGUGACACUUGAAUGCGGACUCGUUCGUACAGGUUUAGCCUCAUUUGCAAGCAAAUCAUUCGCCAAUCGAAAGUCAAAUAGCUAGCUUAUAGACGAGUCAGUCUAAACCUGUAUAGACAAGUCUUUGGUCAUCAAGAACAGCAGUAUGCAAUGGAAUUUAUUGUCUUAUCCAAGAAAAUGAACUCCGCUGUCUAUCAAAAGGUCUAUCUACUCGAAGUCCAUUCGUGGUUUUUAUAUUAGUUUUUAACCAUUGAGUCUAUUGAGACAUUGAUGUUGUACGCGAAGAUUUUUUAACCUAUAUUAUUCCAAUCUUGUCGUGGCCCUUGGAGUCCAUCUCAAGAUUCAACUGUUCUACUACUACUGCUCUUCCCAGUAGCUCUAGGCAGUUGGGAUUUUUUUAUCACCUUCGUAGCCACCACAUGAUGCCAAUGUUGUACCACGUGGACAAGUUUUUUUUAACACCACGUGACCGAAGUGCAGUUUUUAUCAAGUGGUGUACAAAAAAACUUGUUCGCUUGGUAAAACAUAGGCAUCACGUGGUCAAUUUGAAAAGCACUUGUGGUUAACAUAACAGACGCUUGGUCUACUCUACGGAAAGAGUAGUAAACCCACUCCUUAGCUAGCCCUUCUAAGAAGGAUCCUCGCUAGUAAACAUCACGUUUGAGAGCUCUUAGAAAUUUUGUCAUUUUUUUCCAGCAUGCUGUUGCACGGCAUCACAAAUAUGUAACUAGGGGAGAGAGGUGUGUACCAUCGCUGUUCGGGCUGAAAGUCGCAACCAUGCACUCAAGAUUAAAGGGAUAUUUCUUGGCCCCUGAAACAAAUUAGUGACUAACAUUCCAAGUAAAACAAAAGAAAACAAUGGAAUUUUGGCCCGAUACUAUGAAUUACGUUGACUAUCCUUUCACGUGUGUCAUGCAACGACAAAAUAUUUAAAAAUCCAAGAAUUUUAGCUAUUUGAAAUCAUGGAAAUAUAUAAAAUACUAUAGCCUAUUCAAAUUAUUUGGUAAAAGAAGUUUUAAAGAAAGGAUAGAUACUUUAGAAUUUAGUUAAAAAACAGUGUAUUUUAUCUAAUAGUUUAGCGUACACUUGUAUAUAAGAUUAAAUUGGGUGUGCUAAUAUUAGUGCGUGCAAUGCUACUGAUCUCUAACAAACUUCUUCAGAAGUCAAAUUGAUGAACUAUAAGGGACUCUUUCACUUUGGGCAUAUAUUUCGUAAUUCAGACCAAAGAAAUUAUACCAAACGGGGUUGGAAAUAGUAAAAAAACAACAUUAUGUCCACAUUGAAAAGCGUCUAUCGUAUAUCGUACUUCUUUCUUAAUUUCCUUCUAAAGUUUUAGUGUCUAGUAAGUCUCAAGAAAGUAAUAGUAUGGAUAGCCGCCAUGUUGGAUGAAGAAAAUAUGAAAUUUCUCCACCGGUCAUGGCGGCGCUGUAAGUGACAUCAAAUACAGUGGAAUAAACAUUACUGACAUGUUUUUUUA